AUGAUUCAAAAACUAGCACAUAUUGGCCCAGUAUUGGCUGUAAAAUUUUAUAAAGAGUGGUGUUUUUGCGCCCAGGGCCCCUUCAUCGAAGUGUAUGAAUUCAAGACUGGGUCUAAAGUUGGUCGCUACCAAAUAUUUCAUAGAAAUAAAGUGCAUGGAAUUAGUAUAUGCAGGAAUUCGAAGAGAGUAUUAGUGUACGGUUCGAGAUCCGUCUCCAUUAUUACUAUAGAUGAACUUCUUUCGGGUAAAAACUUAUUGGGAUAUGAGAAGAUGACCGCGGAGUGGAUUGUAAGUGGUGAGUUCAGCUACAAUGGCGAUCAAGUAUAUUUAUUGACAAUAUAUAAUAAGGUCAUUGCUGUCGACCCUGUAACGUGUGACAUAGUGAGGACAUAUUUGCUUGAAGGAGAGCGUUCGAUCCUAUAUUCUGGUUCGAUAAAAGUUCUGCCCACUAAAGUACUUGUUAAUGCGGGUACUAUCAUGAAUGGUAUUGUUAUUUGGGAUCUAACGACACAGAAAAAGCUCUGGAAUUUAAAAGGUCACGAAGGUGCAAUAUUUUAUGUUGUGGCUAAUAAUAGUGGCAGCUUACUUGCCAGUUGUUCUGACGACCGUUCUAUAAAAAUAUGGGAUUUACAUACUGGUGAAUUAUUAUCUACAGGGUGGGGCCAUACUGCAAGGAUAUGGAAUCUUGAAUUCUUUAACGAAGAUAAACAACUUAUUAGUGUAUCUGAAGACUGUACUUGUAGAGUUUGGGAUCUAUUAAACAAUGAAAUACGCCAAAAAGAAAUGUAUGAAACUCAUUUGACCAAAAAUGCAUGGUGUGUUGAUGUAGAAAACAAUAGUCUUAUAGCUGUAACAGGUGGUAAUGAUGGAAGGAUAAAAUUAACUGAGAUUAGAAAACCAUCUUUUACGAAUGAUAUUACUGUGACAUUGGAAGAUAUAUCAAAGAGCUGCAAAGAGUUUGAACCAAAAAAGAAUGAGAUCAUCAAGGGCUUUCACUUGUUUAGUUUUGGUGUCGUCUUAAUUACUUCCGAAGGAAAUAUAAUUCAACACCUAACGGCUCAGAAUAAGUGGGUUCUAAUAGAACAUGACGAGCGUUUCUUUAGCUUUUCCAUCACGCAAGGAAUUAAUAAUACUGUAUUUUUCAUGAAUAACAAGUGUAUUUUGAAAUCACUAACAUUUUCUACUGAAGGUUGCUUGCUAAACACUACAGAAAUCAAAUUAAGUGACCUUACACAAACCAUCAACUGUAUCUCUGUACGUCCAUAUGAUGAGAACUUUUCUUUAGUCAUUGAAUCUGCAAACCCUAAUGAUCCUCUAUUGUUGUUAAAGUUUAAAGAAAGAACUAACGAACUAUUAGAGAAAGUGGUACUUAACAAACCGGCCAACUUAUUAACCAGUUGUGCAGAGAUAUAUGGCGAUUAUCUCCUUGUAGGUGGAAGGUUCAGUAUGGUAUUUGCGUUUAAUCUUCUUGAUACAACAUGUCAUUCACUUUUUGUUAAGCUUCCAGCAUCUGAUGCUGUAACAUCAAUUAAACAUAUAGAGGAUAAAGGCGGGAAUGCACUGUUCUCCAUGACGAAUAGGGACGGAGCUUAUUUCUUUGUAUCAUUCAAUUUCAAAAUGAAGACAGUUAAAAUCGUUCACACAAAUAAAGUUAACAGAGGGUUUCUCGAGGGUUCAUUCUAUGACGAAAAUGAUGAAUUUAUUGUUUACGGAUUUAAAUCUAAUUUGUUUCAUAUCUACAAUGAAACACAACAGUAUGAGAUAUUUAGUCAGCCUUGUGGGGGAGCUCACAGACAAUGGAAAUUAUUUCAGCCUAAAAACGACAAUUCCGUUUUAUGUUUCGUUAAGAACUCUACUUUAAAUAUCGUAACAAUACCUUCCUAUCAGUUCCCUAAGACUUUGAAGAACGGAUCACACGGAAGGGAAAUCAGAGAUAUUUCAUUUCAACCGGGAAAUUAUGAUUCUAAUAAAAAUUCAUUGUUCAUCACUGGUUCAGAAGAUACUACUGUAAAGUUGGCUUCACUAAACGUUGAAACUGGAGAUAUCAUCAAUCAUUGGUCAUUGAAAACACACGUAUCUGGAUUACAGAAAUGUAAAUUCAUAAGCGACAAUAUAUUUAUUACCUGCAGUGCCAGGGAAGAGUUAUUUGUAUGGGAGUUGGAAAUGAAUUUCUCUCUUCCUUAUGUCAGCCUAAGACAAAAGUUAAUUCCAUCAACGAACAUACCUGAUCUUAGAAUCAUGGACUUUGAUGUAAUUUUUUUGGAGGGAACCGAAAAUGACUUCAUUAUGGUAUCUGUCUACAGUGAUAGUUCCAUCAAACUCUGGCAUUAUAUUUAUGACCAGAACAAAUUUACAAAACUAGCCGAAGGAAAAUAUGAAACUUGCUGCCUUUUAGGAGUCGCUUUUGUUCCAUUCAAACGUUCACUAAAAUUGUUAAUAUCAACAACCGGUGGCUUUUUAGUUACGAUGGAUAUAACGAAAAACAUCCCAUUCACCUUAAAUGACGGGAAACUGCCCAAUAAAUCCUACACAAAAGAUAUAUGCAAAGAAUUGCCUCAUUGGUCAGACAGGGUUCGGGUACAUGAAGCGGGCAUAAAAUCUUUCGAACUCAAACUAAACCCUACGGCAGAAUCUUUCAUGGUGUAUACUGGUGGAGAUGAUAAUGCCAUGGCAAUAACAGAGUUUUCAAAUAAAGAUGAUGAUACCCUGGAUAUAAAAAUACUUUGUAAGGAUUGUUAUGCUGCAUCAUCUACCAUCACGUCUGUCAAUUUAUUAGAUAAUGGUAAUAAGCUGUUAAGCACAUCGGUGGAUCAAAUAAUUCGUAUUCGUGAUAUCAGCAAUAACGAAUUGAGAAUUUUAGAUAGCCAAUACACUACUGUAGCUGAUACAGGAUCGUGCGAUAUCAGGAAACUGGAAGAUGGAAGACAUAUGGCGCUAAUUGGUGGACUAGGAUUAUCCUGUUGGCAAGCCACAUAA